UAUUCACUUCCCAACGAAAUCCUUUGAUCUCCUUCUGUUUCUACUUCUCUUUUUGUUGGUUUCUAGUUUUGUCUACUUGGAAAAAUAAUCGAAAAAAAAAAAAAAAAGAGGCAAAAAUCCAUUAGAACAAGAAUGGAAAAUAUCCCUAUUUCAAUUGCAGCGAAAAUAGCAGAGUAUACUGUUGCACCAGUUGGACAGUGGCUAUGCUAUUCAUGUCAUUACAGCAAAAACAUGGAGAAUCUGAAGAAGCAGCAAGAGAAGCUGCAAGAUGCUAAAGACAGGUGUCAACAGUCCGUUCAUGAUGCUUUAAGAAAGGGUGAGAAAAUUCAUUCUGAUGUUAACAAGUGGUUGAUAGAGGUUUAUGCAAUUACUGAAUCGGCCACUAGAAUACUUGGUGAAGGUGAAGAAAAAGCAGAGGCGAGGAGCUCUCAUGCGACAUGCCUGAACUUGAAGCAACGACAUCGAUUAAGCCGAGAAGCAAAUAAGAUAGCGAGAAAUAUUGUUAAACAUCUUGAAAAUGGAAAGUUCAACACAGUUUCCUAUCUUCCUGCUGCACAAGAUCAUAUGGUGACUACAAGAGUCAAGAAUUACGUGGCCUUGGAGUCGAGAACAUCAGUUGUGAACGGAAUUAUGGAGGCAUUGGGAGAUGCUAAUAUCAGCAAGAUUGGCGUGUGGGGGAUGCCUGGAGUUGGAAAGAGUACACUGAUGAAAGAAAUUGAGAGGCGAGCCAAGGAAGAAAAGUUAUUCCAUGGGGUUGUUCUGGCAGCUGUCACAGAAAGCCCAGAGCUGAGUCGAAUUCGAGGAGAAAUUGCGGUCAUGCUAAAUCAAGCGCUUCAUCGUCAACAAACUGAAAUCGAAAGAGCAAAUCUACAGCAAGAGAGUUCAACAAAAGACGCGAAGUUACUUGUUAUCCUGGAUGAUAUAUGGAAGCAAAUUGAAUUGGAGGACAUAGGAAUUCCUUCUGAAGGAUGCAAAGUAGUAUUGACAUCGAGAAAUCGAGAUGUAUUAGUUCGUGAGAUGGGCACCAAAAAUCAUUUUGAACUCAAGAGUUUAGGAGAAGAAGAAGCGUGGAACUUAUUUGAAAAGAUGGCGGGUGAUUUCGGCAAGGAUCCUGGUGUGCGAGAAGUAGCUAUUAAGGUAGCUAAAGAGUGUGCAGGUCUUCCCGUUGCACUUACAACAGUUUCUAAGGCCUUAAAAGGUAAGAGUUUGAGUACAUGGAAGGAUGCAGAGUUGCGACUAAAAAGACCCCCUCCUGUAGACGUUCCAGAAAUACUGUCACCCAUAUAUUCUUGCAUAGAGCUGAGUUAUAAUCAUCUUGCUGAUAAAGAGCUCAAAUCCCUCUUUUUGCUUUGUCCUCUAGUAGGCGAGUUAUACAUCGACUAUAAGAACUUGUUGAAAUAUGGUUUCGGUUUGGGUUUAUUCAGAGACAUUGUUACAUUGGAAGAAGCAAGACACAGACUAGAUAGUUUAGUUAGUAAUCUACAAGACUCUUGUUUGCUACUUGAAAGUUCGAAAUCCUCUAGGCGAUUUUACAUGCAUGAUGUUGUUCGUUACGUCGCUACAAUAAUUGGAUCAAAGGAUUGUAAUAUGUUAGCCAUGAGAGAUAAUGGUGGGCUAAAAGCAUGGCCGGAUGUAGAUUCACUCAAAACAUGUCGAAUGUUCUCUAUUCUUGGUGGAGAUAUCGAUCAACUUCCCAGUGAAAUGAAAUGUCCCGAAUUAAGACUCUUUCUGGUCAAUUUAGAAGAUCGUUCUUUGCAGAUACGGGACACUUUUUUCCAAGGGAUGGACAAGCUUAAGGUUUUAGAUUUGACGAAAACGCCACUUCCAUCACUCCCUUCGUCUCUUCUUCUCCUUAGAAACCUACAAACAUUAUGCCUGUAUCAAUGUGUGUUGGGAGACAUAUCUGGGAUAGGAGAACUCAAGAACUUAUUAACUCUUACUCUUUGUCAUUCUGACAUUUCAACAUUGCCAAGAGAAAUAGGGUCGUUGGUUCGUUUGCGGUUGUUAGAUUUGAGCAAUUGUUCCAAACUUGAAAUGAUUCCUCCAAAUGUCAUAUCAAGCUUGGUCAAAUUAGGAGAGUUGUAUAUGACAAACAGCUUUGUUCAAUGGGAGGCUGAAGGUCCCAAUGAUGAAAGAAAAAAUGCCAGCCUUGCUGAGCUAAAGCAUUUGUCAAAUUUGACGAAUUUAGAGAUACAAAUUCCAGAUGACAACAAUCUACCGAAAGAUUUAGUGUUCAAAAAGUUGGAGAGAUACACAAUAUGCAUAGGAGAUGUUUGGGACCGGAUUGAUAGUGCUCAAUCCUCAAGAACACUAAAACUCAAGCUGAAUUCAAGCUUUCAAUCGGAAUUUUGGAUCAAAAUGCUAUUGAAGAGAACGGAAAAUCUUCAUUUAGAUAAGAUGAAUGGUGUUAAGAGUGUUAUACCUGAAAUAGAUGAAGAAGGUUUUCAACAAGUUAUGCAUCUCCAGAUCCAAAAUAAUGAUGAGAUCAAGCAUAUCCUUAACUUGAGGACACCAGUUAUUGCGUUUCCUACCUUGGAGACGUUCGUUCUCGAAAAUAUGAUUAGUUUGGAAGGAAUAUGUCACGGCAAACUUUGCUUGACGGCCUUUAAAAACUUGAGAGUUUUAAAGGUGAUAAGAUGUGAUAAAUUAAGAUAUGUCUUCUCAUCAUCCAUUGCCAGGGGCCUUCCAUUACUUGAAGAAUUGAAUGUAAGAAGGUGCAACACCAUGGGUGCAAUAGUCGUGAAAGAAGAAGAAGAUGGAGAUAUGAUAUUGUUCCAUCAACUGCAUACCUUGGUGCUGAAGGAUCUUCCAAAGCUCGUGAGCUUCUUAAGCACAAAAAAUUCAUUCAUGACUGAUUGCGGAGAAAUCAUUAUAGAGGGCAACGACAAUAUUCAAAUGCCACUUCUACAUCAUCAGGUUGCCUUCCCUCGCUUGGAAAAACUGAUUUUGGGGGGUCUACCCAAGAUAAAGCACGUAUGGAGUGAAUAUCCCAAAACAGUUUUCAACUAUCUGGAACAAUUGAAAAUACUCAAUAUUGUUGUUUGUGGAGUGGAGGAAAUUGUUCCAGAUGAAGGAGGA